AUGGACAGCCUCUUCCUUCAGAACGCCGUGGCGACCACUGCGCCCUGGGGUGUGUCAGAUCUCAGCUUCCACCGAGAGCCCGACUGCUCCGACGCGGCCAUAGGCUUCGUGCAGGCUGGCAUCUCAGGCGCACAGGCCGGCUACGAAGAGGCGAAGGCGGUGGACGGGGAUCCCAACACGCCUUGGGUGUCUUCGUGCUCCACUUGCUCGACAGGGCAGGCGCUCAUCGGCGUCAUAGGUGUGUGCAAGCCGGAGGGGGUGCGGUGCGUUCAGCUGCGCCAGUGCACCCUCAAUCGCGGCGACUAUGGUUGCCCACUUACGGCGUCUCGUGCUUCGCAGAUCUCCCUGCUUGUCCAGGGCCAGCACACCUUCACCUGGAGGGUGAUGCAGGGCCAGACGAAUGCGGUCACACCGGCCUUGGAGCAAGAGCUGCUCUCGGUGCCCAGCCGCCGUCGCCGGGCAACCCUCUCUGCCUUCGUGGACGUUUCCUACCAAGUGCAGUCCGAUGCGGUGGUGAACCCGGCCUUCAGUUCGCGGUGA